AUGGCCACAAUGGGUGCUGUAUAUCCCUAUGGGCGUCUGCUCCAGACAGCUCGGACAGGCAUCGCUUUUGUCCCCCGACGCACCCUCACGUAUUCCCUUCCCCGUCGAUCCCAACAGGACGGCAACAAUGGGCCCAAUGAUAAGCCUGAGGAUCAAUCGAAACCUUCCGCUCUAUCCUCCAUCAAAGACUUCUUCUUCGGUGGGAGAUCCGCCGCCGCAAAGCCCAAGAUCACCCGCCGGGCCACCGCUCCCCCCAAGCGCGAGGGUUCGUUGAGUGCCGACUCGAUUUUCGCCGAAGACGAAGCCACCCCGAAGCUGAUUGCCUCUGGUCGGACACCCGCCGCCCGCAAGGGCGCCGAAGUCGUCGAAGGGGAGGAAGAGAUGGUGUACGAGGUGGAGAGCCGGAACCGCGGCAACAUGGCGGCGGUGCUGGAUCCCCGGCCCAAGGCGAGAAUGCGCUGGGAGCGCAAGAUGGUCGUGCGGGAACUGCGUCGUCGGGGCCGUCUGACAAAGACAGAGCAGAUCAUGCGGACGGAGCGGGAGUCUCUUUCCAAGUCGCACUGGUUCAAGACCUCGGUGAAGAAGCUGGGUCCGCUGGCCCGUCAGAUUGUCGGCAAGAACAUCGACGAAGCCAUGCUGCAGAUGCGUUUCAGCAAGAAGAAGGCCGCCAAGGAUAUCCUGGAGCACCUGCAGCACGCGAAGAACGUCGCUAUCGUGCGAUCGGGCAUGGGUCUGGGCGAGGCCACGGGAGACAAGCCGGUGACCGUCACGCUCAAGUCCGGUGAGCGCAAGAAGAUCUUCAACCCAUCAUCCAUCUACAUUGACCAGGCCUGGGUCAACCGAGGCCCGUAUGGCGUCGACUACGACCACCGUGCCCGAGGUCAGAUCAACCGGCUGCGGCCCCCUUACACCUCCCUCACGGUGUUGCUGAAGGAGGAGAACACCCGGAUCAGAGAAUGGCAAGAUCGUGAAAGCGAGGCUCUGCGCAAGCGGAAGGCUCAGCUCUGGACUCAGCUCCCCGAUCGGAAGAUUAGCGCGCAGAACCAGUACUACAGCUGGUGA